AUGAAGGUCGACGUCAAGCGUCAAUUGUUCGCCCGCAGCGAGCGGGUGAAAGGCAUUGACUUCCACCCCCAGGAGCCAUGGAUUCUCACGACACUUUACAGCGGCCAUGUCUACAUCUGGUCCUACGAGACCCAGCAGAUCGUCAAGACCUUCGAGCUCACCGACGUCCCUGUGCGAGCUGGCCGAUUCGUCGCAAGAAAGAACUGGAUCGUCUGCGGAUCCGAUGACUUCCAGAUCCGCGUAUACAACUACAACACCUCAGAGAAGAUUACCUCCUUCGAGGCUCACCCCGACUACAUCAGAGCCAUCGCCGUCCACCCGACACAACCCUUCGUCCUGACCGCCUCCGAUGACAUGACGAUCAAGCUUUGGGACUGGGAGAAGGGCUGGAAGUGCGUGCAGGUUUUCGAGGGCCACGGCCACUAUGUCAUGGGCCUGGCCAUCAACCCCAAGGACACCAACACCUUCGCGUCCGCCUCCCUGGACCGCACCGUCAAGAUCUGGAGCCUCGGCUCCGCGACCCCCAACUUCACCCUCGAGGCCCACGAGGCCAAGGGCGUCAACCACGUCGACUACUACCCUCACUCCGACAAGCCCUACCUCCUGACAACGUCCGACGACCGUACCGUCAAGGUCUGGGACUACACCACCAAGUCUCUGAUCGCCACCCUCGAGGGCCACACGAAUAACGUCUCUUUCGCGUGCUACCACCCCGAAUUGCCAGUUAUCAUUUCCGGAUCCGAGGACGGCACCAUUAGGAUAUGGCACGCCAACACCUACCGUUUCGAGCAAUCUCUGAACUACGGCCUGGAGCGCGCAUGGUGUGUCUCCUACCAGAAGGGCAAGCAGGGCGUCGCUGUUGGUUUCGAUGAUGGCGCGGUCGUCGUCAAGCUUGGUCGCGAGGAGCCUGCCGUCUCCAUGGACGCUUCAGGAAAGCUCAUCUGGGCCCGCCACAACGAGGUCGUUUCGGCCAUCAUCAAGGGUGGAGAUGCCUCUAUCAAGGACAACGAGCCCAUCUCCCUCCCCGUCAAGGAAAUGGGCACUUGCGAAGUGUACCCCUCGACUCUCCUCCACAACCCCAACGGACGAUUUGUUGCUGUCUGCGGUGACGGCGAGUACAUCAUCUACACAGCCCUGGCAUGGCGCAACAAGGCUUUCGGUUCUGCAUUGGACUUCGUCUGGGCGGCCAAGGAGAACACCAACGACUUCGCCAUCCGCGAGUCGGCGACGAGCGUCAAGGUUUACAAGAACUUUGUUGAGAAGUCGGGCGGCCUCGAUGUUGGCUUCCAGGCCGACGGCCUCACCGGCGGUGUUCUGCUCGGUGUUAAGGGCCAGGGUGGUAUCUCGUUCUUCGACUGGCAAACCGGCGGCCUUGUGAGAAGAAUCGAGGUUGAGCCGAGAGAGGUGUACUGGUCCGACAGUGGUGAGCUUGUUGCUCUCGCAUGCGAAGACACCUUCUACGUCCUCCGCUUUUCACGUGAGGCCUACGUCGAGGGCGUUCAGUCUGGCGAAGCCGAUGAGGAUGGCGUCGAGGCCGCCUUUGAGGUCAUUACCGAUAUCAACGAGAGCGUCCGCACCGGAGAGUGGGUUGGCGACUGCUUCCUCUACACCAACAGCACCAACCGUUUGAACUACCUCGUUGGUGAUCAGACCUACACCGUCUCUCACUUUGACCAGUCCAUGUACAUCCUGGGCUACAUUCAGCGCGACUCAAGGAUCUACCUUGCCGACAAGGAUGUUGCCGUUACCUCAUUUGCCCUGUCCCUGCCCGUCCUCGAGUACCAGACUCUGGUCCUCCGUGACGAUAUGGAGACGGCACAGGAGCUUCUGCCAACAAUUCCCGCGGAUCAGCUUAACAAGAUUGCGCGCUUCUUGGAGGGCCAGGGCCACAAGGAGCUGGCACUGGAGGUCGCGACCGACCCCGAGCACAAGUUCGAGCUUGCCCUUGGUCUGGGCCAGCUUGACACCGCUCUUGAGCUCGCCAGGGAAGCUGACGUCGAGCACAAGUGGAAGACAGUCGGUGAUGCCGCUCUUGCAGGAUGGCAGGUCGCCGUCGCACAAGAGUGCUUUACUCAUGCCAAGGAUCUUGGAUCCCUCCUCCUGCUCUACUCCUCUACUUCCGACCGCAGUGGUCUUUCAAAACUGGCCGAGCAGGCCCAGGAGGCUGGUGCUCACAACGUCGCCUUCAGUUGUCAAUGGCUGCUUGGUGAUGUCGCUGGCUGUGUGGAGAUCCUCACCAAGACCGGCCGCUUAGCCGAGGCUGUCCUGUUCUCGCAAACAUACAAGCCCAGUUUGACGGCAGAGGUUGUCAAGGAGUGGAAGGAGAGCCUCGACAAGGGCAAGAAGGGUCGCGUGUCUAAGAUGAUUGGCGCACCCGUAGAGGACGAGGAGCUUUUCCCUGAGUGGGAUGAGUGGUUGAGGCUCGAGAAGGAGGGCGGCAUUGCCACCGAGGUGACUGAGGUCAAGGCGGUCAACGGCACUGAGUCACCCGCAGAACCCGAGGAGGAGGCUGAGGAGGCCGAGGAGGAAGCGGAAGAAGAAGAGGAGGCUGAAGAGGACGACGAGUAG